GUUUAUACAGAGAUCAAUAGACAGGACGACCGCCAUUACUGAAGUCACAGAAUCUAAAGAUGGACCCCCGCACCAGUGCCCAGGACGUGAUGCGAUGUGACCUGUAUGAGACCGCUGUAGUACAAAUGCAUUGUGAUACAUGUCUUGUCAACCUGUGUAAGACCUGUGUGGGAGAACACAUCUCAACAGAUGAAUCAAAAGAUCAUAAAAUUGUCAAAUUUCAAUACAGGAAAUCUACCCCCCUCUACCCUGGAUGUACAACCCAUAGCAAAGAACGAUGUAAAAUGUACUGUAAACAAUGUGACUUUCCUGUGUGUAUCAGCUGCCUUGAAUCCAAUCAACAUUUAAGUCAUGAAUUAUCUAAUAUCCUUCGAGUUUUGGAUGAAAAGAAAGAUAUGUUUAAAAAAGGAAGACAUGAAUUAAAUGAAACAAUUUAUCCCACCUACCAGGACAUUGCCUCUGAUGUACAAAACAGAAAGAGCCAGUUAGAAAAGGAAUAUGGAGAUCUUUCAACAGUCAUAACAAAACAUGGAGAGGACUGGCACAGAAAAAUUGACAAACUUGUCAAGAAACUUAAAGCUGAAGUUGAUAAGAUGAAAAACAAUCAGUUACAAACUCUACAGAAAAAUCUGGACGAAAUAAAAUCAAAAAUGUCUCAAAUCAAGCAUGAAAUCAAUUCAGUUAAAAUGGCUGUAGACACUAAUGACUUAUCAAAACUGUUAAGUGUAACAUCCAAUGUACACAGAUACAGAAAUCUUCCACCCAAAAUCAUGAUAUCUUUACCCAAAUUCAUUCCAGGAAAAUGCCAAGGAAAAGAACUAAAUAAAAUGUUUGGAACUCUAGUAUCAAGUUCUUUAACAUCAGAUAAACAUGGUUACAGAAUGAAGACAACAGAGAAAUCACCAGAAGCCGGAUCCUCUCCCCCAGUCAAACAGCUGCUUGAUGUACCAGAGACCGGCUCCAGCAUUAACACUGAGUAUAAUGAAUUCAUUUACAGUGCAGCCUGUCUGAGUGAUGAAGAAAUUUGGACAAGAGGAAAUGACAAAACCAUGAAACUCUACAGCAUCAAUAAGGGGUCACUACUCAAGUCAAUCACAACUAAGUCAGGGAACUGGCCAUCUGAUAUAGCAGUGGCAAAAAGUGGAGAUCUAGUAUAUACUGAUUAUGGUGACAGAACUGUGAACAUUGUGAAGAAUGGGAAGAUAGAGAAGGUGAUCGGACAACAGAACUGGAAUCCUCGAAAUGUCUGUAGUACCUCUUCUGGUGACCUCCUGGUUAUCAUGUUCAGUUAUAACAAACAAACAAAAGUGGUCCGUUAUGCUGGCUCCAUAGAGAAACAAACCAUUCAGUUUGAUGAUAAACGUAAACCUCUCUAUUCAUCUGGUUAUUAUGACAGAUACAUAACUGAGAACAGGAACCUGGAUAUCUGUGUGUCUGAUGAGGGAGCUAAAACCGUAGUGGUGGUAAACCAGGCCGGGAAACUAAGAUUCAAGUACAUUGGACAUACUCCUGCUCAAAAGAACAGACCAUUCAAUCCACUAGGAAUCACCACAGACAGUCAGAGUCACAUUCUUACAGCUGAUAUUAACAACGACUGUGUCCACAUCAUAGACCAGGAUGGACAGUUCCUCCGUUACAUAGAGUGUGGAUUGAGUGAACCCUGGGGACUGUGUACAGAUACAAAUGAUAAUCUGUUUGUGGUUCAAUUCAGAAACACACAAGUGAAGAAAAUCAAAUAUUUGUAUUCAAUAUAA